AUGUUCAGGCCUGGGUGUUGUGGGGACGUCCUGGCUGCGGGGAAGAUGGGCCUGGUGGUGCCAUCACAGAUCAUGGAGCUGCAGGCGACCAGGAGCGCGGUGGAGCGGCUGGCGGCCGACCGCGCCCGGUUCCUGCGGGGCCCGCGGGGGCCGGGCCGGGCGGCGGCCGAGGGCGGCGGCCCCGCGGCGGGCGAGGGCCCGGCGGGCGCCCCCGACCCGGUGCCGCGCCGCGCCGUCGCGCGGAGGCCGCUGCGGCCCGACUCGCUGCUGCUGUACCGGGCGCCCGCGCCCGCGCGCGACGCCUUCUUCCGCUUCUGCGGCCUGGAGCCCGCCGUGGUGGACGCGCUCGGCCGGGACAACUUCGCCGCCGCGUCCGAGCGCGCCGGGGCCCGGGCGCGCAGCGCGAGCGUCGCCACCUCCGACAGCGGCUUCUCCCGCCGCAGCGGCGGCGACGCGGGGCCGCCGGACGACGAGGAGCCGCCCGGGCCGUUGCGCGCCGCCCCGUCGGUCGUGGAGAGGAACGCGCGCAUCAUCCAGUGGCUGUUCACCUGCCGGCGCGCCGCGGCGGCCGACCCAGCGCUGGCCUCCCCAACAUCCCAAGGCACCUGCUCUGCAGCUGUGAGCGCUUGGAGGUGAACGAAGCUUCAGAGGUCUAGAAAGAGGCCUGCAAGGAGACAGUGCUGGUUCUGUCAGAGAAACUGUACUACAGGCACCUUUACUGUCAACUUGUCUUCAAGCUUUUAAAUGCAAAAGGAGAUGUCUUAAAAUGCAGGAGUGUCAGUUCCUGCAGGAACCACGUGCAGAAGCAUGGGCGGAUUGCUGUGGACUCGCCGCCUUUCCUUGCUGCUCCGGAAGCGAGCUGUCCUCACUGCCCUGGGUGCCCAGGCCCGGGACCCCAUGGAGCCCCCUUCAAGGAUGCCCAGGUCCCUUCAAAAGAGCCAAAUGCCCGGAGACAAGGGAGAAGACGGGCCUGGAUGCUGCUCGGAGGCUUCCUCCACUGGUGCACCUGCCCUCUCAGGCAGCAGAAGUGGGGAGAGCUGUCUGGGAGUACUUCCAGGAGCACCCCCGCCUUCCUGGCCUGCUGACCAAGAGGUGCCAAGAUGACACCUCAGUCAAUUAAAAAAAAAAAAGAAUCUUAAAGCUAGCAUGGAAGUGCUGGCACUGGCCGGGGCCGCCUGCCUCACCCCGUUGUUUGGACCUAAGCUCCGAGGCCCAGGAAGUAUGCAGGCUGGUGGGGCAGACACUCCAUGGAGCCUCCCUACUGGGCACCGCUGACCCAUAAACCGUGGGGAGGCUCCAGCCCACGACUGGUCACCCCAGCCACGAGCACUGCAGAGCCCGUGAGGCCGCAGGGCCACCCCUUGGCUGUGGAUGCUGCAGGCACCACUAAAGAGAUGCCAGAGCCAAAAUGCGCUCCCCAAGCCCACCCCUGGUGCCCAGCAGUGCCCUGAGUUCGCGCCUGCACCUGGCAGGCUCCUGUGAGAACCUCGGCAGAGCCUGGCCAGGGUCACCUCUCGCUCACCCCACAGGCUGCGACCGGACAGGUCCCCGCAGUGUCCCCGGCCAGGAGGAGGCUAGCUGGUCCCGCAUCCCCAGAGCUGGCUGUGUGUUUCCAUGAUGACCCCCAAAGAGGAUCUGCCCCCCAGUCAGCUCUUUCGGAGUCACCACGUUUGGCCAAAAUACAUCUCUUUGAGGACAAAGACGGGGUUAUAAAGAAUGUGGAGGGGAAAGAAGGGGGUUUUUCAAAAAUAUUUCAAAAAAAAAUUUCCCCAAAAAUAUUUCAUAAAUCAAUUCACUUUGAUAUAUUGUAUUUGUUUAUAUUGUACAUUUUGAUGACUUUUGCUGUGAGCUUAGGUCUUUGAGUUUAAUGUUUUAU